AUGUCGAGCCAUGAGGGCGCCCGCUCGAUUCGCGCUUCGAAGCGCUAUUCCGUUACCGCGUUGUACCUGUCGAUGAAUGCGAAUCAACGCGACUUGGAGAUUGAGGACGAUUUGGCAAGAGCUCAAAAAGCAUUGAGGGAUCUAAAGUCGAAGAUAUCGUCGCAAUCGAAGAAGAACUUUGUGUUGGAGAAGGAUGUGCGAUAUCUCGACUCUCGGAUAGCAUUGCUCGUGCAAAAUCGCAUGGCAUUGGAGGAGAAGGAAGAAGUUGCCAGCCAUCUGGAUGACUCUCUGGACCUCUCCGAAGGAUCAUUCCCAAACGACGAGAAGACACAGAAGUACGGAAACCUUCUAUUCCUGCUACAAAGCGAACCACGACACAUUGCACAUCUAUGCCGACUAGUCACAAUGGCCGAGAUCGACCAACUACUACAAACAGUCAUGUUCACGAUCUACGGUAAUCAAUACGAGAGUCGAGAAGAGCAUCUGCUUUUGACCAUGUUCCAGUCCGUCCUCACAUACCAAUUCGAUAACACACCCGAUUACUCCUCACUUCUCCGCGCCAACACACCCGUCUCACGAAUGAUGACCACAUACACACGAAGAGGACCCGGACAGAGCUAUCUGAAGACAGUGCUGGCGGACCGGAUCAACUCGUUGAUUGAGAUCAAAGAUCUUGACUUGGAGAUCAACCCACUCAAGGUCUACGAGAGCAUGAUUGGGAAGAUUGAAGCUGAUGGCGGCAAACUACCGGCGAACCUCCCGAAAGGCAUCACGGCAGAGCAAGCUGCAGCGAAUGAGAAUGUGCAGAGAAUCAUUGCACCCAGAAUUGAAAUGUUGAACGAAAUUGCAAAAUCGUUCCUCGACACCAUCAUUGACGGACUGGACGAGACACCAUACGGCAUUCGCUGGAUAUGCAAGCAGAUUCGAUCUUUGACAAGGCGGAAAUACCCCGACGCAUCCGAGCAGACGAUAUGCACACUCAUCGGUGGAUUUUUCUUCCUUCGAUUCAUCAACCCUGCGAUUGUCACUCCACGAUCGUACAUGCUCAUUGAGCAGACGCCUGCCGAAAACCCGAAGCGGACGUUGACAUACGUCGCCAAAAUGCUGCAAAACCUGGCCAACAAGCCGAGUUAUGCCAAAGAGCCAUACAUGCAGCGACUAGCACCCUUCAUCGAGGACAACAAGGAACGAAUCAACCGAUUCAUGCUCGACCUCUGCGAAGUCCAAGAUUUCUACGAAACCCUCGAAAUGGACAACUACGUCGCCCUCUCCAAAAAAGACCUGGAACUCUCCAUCACCCUCAACGAAGUCUACGCCAUGCACAUGCUGAUUGAAAAACACCAAAUCGAGCUCGCCCGCGAAGAAACCUCUCACCUCUCCCAACUCCUCUCCGAACUCGGUCCCGCACCCGUUCAACUCCCCCGGAAAGAAAACCGCGCCAUCAAUCUCCCCCUCUACAGCAAAUGGGAAGCCUCCCUCGACGACUUCACCGCUGCUCUCGACAUCACUCAGGAAGAAGUCUAUUUCAUGGAAGCGAAGUCCACUUUCGUCAUGAUCCUCCGCUCCCUUCCCUCGAACUCCGCCGCUCUCCGCCGUCCACUCCGUCUUGAACGCGUCGCGGAAGCGGCCGCCACGACGAAGAAUGACUCCGUCAUGGUUAGAAAAGGAAUCCGUGCGAUGGAAUUGCUGAAUCAACUUCAAGAACUGGGCAUCAUUGACCGUGACGACAGUUAUGCCUUGUUGAGGGAUGAGGUGGAGCAGGAACUCGUCCACUUGGGAUCCCUGAAAGAGAAAGUCCUCGUCGAAACGACAAAACUCGACGAAGUCUUCCGCACCAUCCGCGACCACAACACCUACCUCGUCGGCCAACUCGAAACCUACAAAUCCUACCUCCACAACGUCCGCGGCCAAUCCGAAGGCACGGCCAAACGGGGCCAAUCCGCCAAAGUCCUCGGUCCGUAUAAAUUCACCCACCAGGAACUCGAAAAGCAGGGUGUGAUACAAAAGAGCAAUGUCCCCGAAAAUCGGAGAGGGAAUAUUUUCUUCAACAUCACGAGUCCGAGUCCGGGCACGUUUGUGAUUUCUCUGCAUUACAAGGGAAGGAAUCGGGGACUAUUGGAAUUGGAUCUGAAGUUGGAUGAUUUGUUGGAGAUGCAAAAGGAAGGGCAGGAGGAUUUGGAUUUGGAGUAUGUGCAGUUUAAUGUUACGAAGGUUUUGGGGUUGUUGAAUAAGAGGUUUGCGAGGAAGAGGAAUUGGUGA